GGUUCAUGUUUGGUUCGGGUGGCAAUGGUGGUUCUAUGGCUGCCAUUGAUGAAUGAAUGAAAGAAGCUUUCUAACGGAGUUAUUUCAUUGCUAGCUCAGUUAAAUGACCAACCUUGCCACGCAACCAUCAUACUCAUGAGUUGGCAAUUAAUACUGCUUGACUUAUUUACAAAAGAACCACUAGAUAAACGACAAGCGUUUAUCAAAUAUAUCAAAUGGGGCGGGCCCGAAUAAAAUAUAGCAUUUGCCAUAAAAUAAAAUAAAAUAAAUUAUGGAGUAUAAAAAAAAAAAAAAAGGAAUUUAGUCGGAAGACGUAGUCCGUAGAGUGAGUCGUAGACACAUAUGUACUCCUCUUUCUCCCGCUCUUUCUCUUUCUCAGUUUCUUAUUGAAGCACACUCCACGUUCUCCAUUGAGUCGCGACUUCUGAUAUUUCUAUCCUCCAUUGAACCUGCUUCUCAGAACCCUUUAAUAUUUGGAUGAAAUUAUGAAAUUGGAUCAUUUCUCUCUGGUCCAGGGCGACCGCCUCUCCUGCCCUGGCUGGGACGGACCUGUUAGUGCAUUCCGACACCGAACAACAUCGGAUGUUCCUGGUAAAAUUUUACAAGAUCCCUUUAUGGCCUCUAGCAGUGCAAAUGUGCAAGCCACUGAAGUUAAGCAUGAGGUGUUUAAUGAGUUUGAUGAUGCUCUUGACAAUGUUAUGUUGAAAGAACGGCGAAAGAUGUUCUAUGAGUUUGAUGAUGCUCUUGACAAUGUUACGUUGAAAGAACGACGCAAAAUGCUAGGAUCAAGGAAAGUCAUGCAGUCUUCCACAUCAAAUAUGGAGGAGAAGAAUUAUCAAGGGUUGCCCAACUUAUCCAAAGGUGUGUUGCAAACUGCACAAAGUGAUUCUGCUAAGGAUGCACCGAUUGGUAGAGAUAUAACUCUUGAAGUAAAUGAUAGUGAAAAAUUGUCGUCAGAAUAUGCAACUAAUGGAACAUCCUGUACUGCUAAAAUCUGUUCACUACCUUCAUCUGGAUCUGCUGCAGUAUCAAUAAAAUCCAGAUCAUUCUCUUUAUCUACAGAAUGUAAAUCUUUUGGUACCCAGGAAACUACUAUGAUGGAUGCUUGUGCCUUGGCAAGUUCAGUUGUACCACCGCUUGCAAAAGUCAAGGAUGAGCCUCUUGAUAUAAACGGGUUAUGCUGUGAAGGAGAGAAUAUAAUGAAGAACUAUGGCAUUGGUCAGACUUUAACUGUGAAAAAUGAGCCAGGGUUUUCUAACAUUCUUGUGGAUGAGUUAGACCACAUGCCACUUUUAGAUCGAGUCAAGUUGCUCUCAUGUGGAAUACCGAGCAUGAGUAUGCCCGGAAACCCUAAGGAAGAUGAGGCCUCAGCUAUGGAUUUUGGUAAUGAUGUCUUAGAAUCUGUCAAACCAGUUAGUAUCAGUCGACCUAGGAAGAAGAGAAGAACUGUAACUGAUUCAGUUGAAACUGCAUUGGAAGAAGAUGCUCCUGGUCUCUUAAAGGUUUUGCUUGACAAAGGAGUAUCACCUGAAGAAAUUAAGCUGUAUGGGGAAGAAGAUACUGAUGAUAUUCUUGAUGAUUCUCUCAAUUUAGAUGGCUUCGCUGAGCUUGAAGCUGUAAUAUCACAGCUGUUUUCACAACGUCAAACUUUUCUGAAGUUUCCUCUUUUACGCACAAAGGGUGAGAAAAUUAGCUACUGUUUGUCUUGUCUCCUCUCACUUGUGGAGCAGACAAAAUAUAUGCGAAAUAGGAAGUGGCCUGUUGAAUGGGGCUGGUGUCGAGACCUUCAGUCUUUUUUAUUUGUCUUCCAAAGACAUAACAGAAUUGUGCUGGAGCGUCCUGAAUAUGGCUAUGCGACAUACUUCUUUGAGCUGCUGAAUUCUGUUCCUGUGGCCUGGCAGGUCAAGCGUCUGGUGACUGCGAUGAGGCUUACAGGCUGUGGCCGGAUCACCCUAAUAGAGGAUAGACCAUUAGUGGUUGGAGAAGACUUGAGCGAAGGGGAAGCACAAGUAUUGGCUGAAUAUGGGUGGACUCCAAACACUGGUUUGGGAACAAUGCUGAAUUAUUGUGACAGAGUAGUUCAUGAUCGGAAGCAAGAGUUGGAUAGCUCAGAGUGGAGGAUGAAGAUAGGAAGGCAGCUUAUGAAUGGAUAUAAUGGUGGGAAUAUCGUGGCCAAGAAAAGGCUUAUGGAAUAUCAAGAUUUACGGGACAAGCAAAUGAAGCUGGAAGAGUGAACUGUUUGGAUGUACAGUAUUCUUGUACAGGUAGUAUUUAAGCUCGAGGAGAAAAGCCUCUAUAGAAAUAGGGGAUACUGAAUACAUAAGAGGGGUCUUAAUGUCCUGUAGUUCUACUUAGUAGAAUCAUGUUGUAGCUGUGAAAGGUAAGAAUCAUGUUGUAGCUGUGAAUAACAGCAAGUUUAGAUUAUAAUUUUAUCCAAAUUAUUUUUCGCGGAAGUCUUUUUGAUUUUUGGAAAACUAGUUGGAGCACGCGUGCACUCCCGACGGUAAGAUAAGUAAAAUUCGUGGUUGUGUCUGGUUUAUGUGAUAUUCGUGGUUUUGUAAUAGCAAGGAUAGAAGAAUUUGUAAGUACUAAUGACUUAAUGAGGAGUAGUGAUAAAGUUUCUAUAGGGAAAUAUCUAUGGAAAAACAAUUGUUAUAAGUGAAGUUAUCUAGAAUUUAUUAGAAUUUAUUUAAAAAAAAUUAUACUAUUGUUUUGGAUAUUAUUUUAGAACGCAAU